AUGCGUCAAUACUCGCGUGCUGCCGCGGCCGCCGUUGCUCUGGCAGCAACUGCCCGCGCCACCAAUUCCUCGUCGCUUGCCACUCUCUGUACCGUCGCUCACGUCCAGUCGGCACUUCCUGCCAAUGGCACUCUCCUCGGCAUUGACAUGAUUCCCUCCUCCGUGACAGCCAAGACUGCCACCAGCUCCGGCUACGAAUACUGCGACGUUUCCGUUUCCUAUGUCCACACCGGCAGCAGCGAUGAGGUCGUCCUCAACUACGGCUUCCCCAGCCCUGAAAUCUUUGCCAACCGCUUCUACGUGGCUGGUGGCUUCGGCUACACUCUGAGCACCAGCAUCACUGGAGGGCUGGAGUAUGGAGCUGUGGGUGGUGCCACCGAUGCUGGCUACGGCGCCCUCUCCGGUACCACCGUCGACGAAGUCAACCUCCUCGGCAACGGCACCAUCAACUGGGACCCAAUCUUCAUGUUUGCCUACAAGGGCUUGGGUGAGAUGACUACGGUCGGAAAGCCUUUGACUCGGGCGUUCUACAACCUAGACGAUGAGGCCAAGGUGUACACUUACUUCGAGGGGUGCUCGGAUGGCGGCAGAGAAGGUAUGAGCCAGAUCCAGCGCUACGGAGACCUGUACGACGGCGCCGUCAUCGGAGCCCCGGCCUUCCGCUACGGCCAGCAGCAGGUGAACCACCUUUUCUCCGCUGUCGUCGAGCAGACGCUCGACUACUUCCCCCCUCCCUGUGAACUGGAGAAGAUCGUGAACGCGACCAUCAGCGCCUGUGAUCCUCUCGAUGGACGCUCUGAUGGAGUCAUCUCCCGCUCCGAUCUGUGCCAGUUGGAGUUCAACCUGACCUCCGUGAUCGGCGAGUCCUAUUACUGCGCCGCGACCACCAGUACCUCUCUCGGUUUCAACUUUGGUAAGCGUAACGACGGCACCCAGACUACUACCACUCCGGCGCAGCGCGGUAAUGUAACUGCGGAAGGUGUGGCCGUCGCGCAGGCCAUCUACGACGGACUGUUCAACUCCCAGGGCGAGCGGGCUUACCUCUCCUACCGUAUUGGUGCCGAGUUUACCGAUGCAGAAACCGAGUACGAUAACUCCACCAAGUCCUGGGGUUUGGACAUUCCCUCCACCGGCGGAGAAUUCGUCGGUCGCUUCAUUGAGCUGCUUGAGGUCGAUAACCUUGAUAAUCUGAACAACGCGAUGAUUCUCUACAUGGAUACUCUGCAGACCACCCUGCCCGACCUUACUACCUUCCAGUCCUCCGGCGGCAAGCUCAUUCACUACCACGGCGAAUCCGACCCCAGUGUCCCCACCGCAUCGUCCGUCCACUACUGGCAGUCGGUGAUGAAGAUUAUGUACCCCAGCCUGGGUUCUUCCAAGGCGAUCGAGCAGAUGAAGGAGUGGUACCAGCUGUAUCUGGUGCCCGGUGCCGCCCACUGCGCCCGCAACAGCCUGCAGCCCAACGGCCCCUUCCCCGAGGACAACAUGGCCACUAUGAUCAAGUGGGUUGAGAGCGGGGUCCAGCCUACCGGUCUCAACGCUACGGUCGAUGCGGGCGCGUACGAUGGGGAAGUGCAGCAGCUCUGCCAGUUCCCCAAGCGGCCUGUUUGGAAAAAGGAUGCGUGGAAGUGCGAGAGCGACGACGAGGGAGCCGAUACUUUCUACUACACUUUCCCUGCUUUCAAGCUGCCUGUCUACUAG